AUGUCACUUCGGUCUUCUUCGGCCUCGUCGCUUAGCGAAAGCAACAGCAUGGCCGAACCUCAGAUACCUUCAUCCCAGGGAGACUGGGAGAGACAUCGUCUUCUGAUCAAACAGUAUUAUAUGGACGAAGGGAAAACACUGAAUGAGGUAAUAAAUGCUAUGAGAAACCAUGGCUUCAAAGCUACCGCUAAGAUGUACAAAUCUCGACUCAAACGGUGGGGACUCGAAAAGAAGCAUAAAGAAAGCGACAUGGUGGUAAUUCUCCACAAGAAGAAUCAGCGUGAUGCUAUAGGCAAGAAGAGUUCAUUCCAGCUCCGUGGACGUGAUUUAAACAUGGAAGAAGUGUUCCUCUACUUCACAAGGAAAGGUCGUGGGUUGCCAAAGAUCAAAAUACCGGUGACAGUUUCAACACCACCAGAAAUCUCAUACUGGACACCGUCGCCAACCAAUUCGACUGUAAGCACUCCUCGUAACACUCCUGGAUCAUCACUCGACAGUGGAAAUAGAAGCUCUACUCCUGGGAGUCGGUCGUCUGACAACCCCUCCUUCGACACACCCGAAACAAAUGAGGAUGAGACAGAUAGAUCUAGGUCAAGUGAAGCGUCAUCUACUGGAGACAUAUCAUUGUCUCGAACUUUAUCUAGCGAUAGCUCCGACGGUGUCAUGGUCUCUACCAUCUGGACACCAGCUUCGCCAUUAAUGGACCAUGAAUUCGUCAUUCAGCUGCAUAGCGAAGAUAUCGACUCAUUCUUCUCCAAGCGUUCAGGAAUAUCGCAUUCGCCAUCCUUACCACGGAGUCUGCAUAUAUCUGAAAAUAUGUUCUACAGUAUCAAAGCAUAUUUCGAACACUCCUGUCGAAACUUGAUCCUUGACGAGAAUGGUACCCUCCUCACCCCGAAUGGGGCCAAAAUGAGCAAUGACCUCUGCAAUGACUUUGACUCGUACUGUUUCUCAGCGACUAUGUUCUUAGAGCAGGGACUCUAUGUCGAGUCUCGACGGGCGCUUUCCAAAGCAUCCGCACUCGUCGAACCAAUUUUGCAAGCGGAACAUCCUCGCACAUUCGCCUGCUUCCUCGAGGUGCUUAUCCAUCUUUUGCAAACAGGUUAUCCAGAAGUAGCAAAUAUCAUGCGUACCUUUAUUCAAGGCAUGUCUGCGAGAGUAACCCAACCACACCAGCCAUGGGGUAGAAUAUGUCACCUACUCGGGGCUAUUGAUUCGGAUUGCCUUGAAGAGGCUAUGGGACAAUUGUGGAAGUGCUCGAGUGAUACUUUCGAGACUGAACUUGGCACUUUCAAUCGACUAGCUGUUUCUGUUCGGCUUGAUUACAUCAAACGCGUGUUCGGUAAUACCAACCACCUUGAAGAAGAACGACUCCUUCGUGACCUGCUCGCUCAAUCCGGAAACAGCUUUGAGGGAUACACACCGCGCGUUAUGCUCAAUCUGGCACAUAACCUGAAUAGACAAGGACGAUACAACGAAUCGGAAGAAAUUGGCCAACAUGUUCUCUUAUUAAUCAGAGACAAUGAAGCUCGUGGCCAAUUCAUUGUUGAAAAAGUUGAUUCAUUGAAGCUCAUAUCUCGCAGCCAGCACUCUCAGAAGAAUGCAUUGGCAGCCGAGAUGACCUUGAGGCAAGCGAUAAGUAUUAUUGUUGGCGAGUGGGGACUGAAGCAUUCGUGGGUGCCGGAGUUCAUGCUUGUGCUCGAGGGGUGGCUACGUGGUUGGGGACGUGAAGAUGAUGCCAAUGUGGUUCGCGCUAAGAUCGAUACGCUGAUGGGUAGAGACGAGAUUGACGAGGAGUUGCUUGUUGGAGGAUGA